AGGGGCUGCUGUGCAUGAGAAGCCGAAGAUUUUAUUAAACUAGAAAAAUAAGACAAAGAUAUAUUUGCCAAUGAUAGCUUGUCUGUUUUUACAAUGCGUUCUGUCGAUGCUCCAUUCUAGUGCCCAGUGCAUGAAACGAUGACUUUUAGACUGUAGAGUUUCAGUCCGUGCAAUGCAACGGUAAUAUAUCGCAGGUAUUGUUUACAUUUUGAUAAACGUCUGUAUUCUCCCGCUUUUCUGGAGAAACCAAAGUUCUCGUCCAAUUUGUACCACUAUUGUGGUAGGCACUAGUUUUUAAAGCGUUUUUUAUUUCGACAGUAACAAAGUGGUGUCAAACUUUAUUACGAGUACUUUUUCAACAAAGGAAUCAGAGCGAAAAAUGAUCUGGAGCGGGUUCACGAGGCUGUUGCUCCUAAUAUUUGUGUGCGCGCACGGAUCGUCCUCGAAACAAGAUAUGAAACCUGAGGCAUGGCUACAGCAGUAUGGUUACUUGCCCCCUGGUGAUUUGCGCACACAUACGGCCCGCUCUCCUCAGUCUGUCCCCUCUGCCAUUGCUGCCAUGCAGAGAUUCUACGGCCUGACAGUCACUGGCAAUUUGGAUGCCAAUACUCUAGAGGCAAUGAAGAGGCCCCGCUGUGGCGUCCCAGACAAGUUUGGAUCCGAACUGAAGAGCAACCUGAGAAAGAAGCGCUACGCCAUCCAGGGACUGAAAUGGGACAAAAAUGAGAUCACAUUCUGCAUACAGAACUACACGCCAAAGGUUGGGGAAUACGAGACAUUUGAGGCAAUCAGAAAAGCCUUCAAAGUGUGGGAAAGCGUUACGCCUUUGCGAUUCAGAGAGAUCUCUUAUAGUGACAUCAGGGACAAGGUUGUAGACUUUGCAGACAUCAUGCUCUUCUUCGCUGAUGGCUUUCAUGGCGAUGCCAGUCCAUUUGAUGGAGAAGGAGGUUUCUUGGCCCAUGCUUACUUCCCAGGGAAUGGCAUAGGAGGGGAUACGCACUUUGACGCAGCUGAGCCUUGGACUAUUGGCAACAAAGACUUGCUGGGUAAUGAUGUGUUCCUGGUGGCUGUGCAUGAACUGGGUCAUGCUUUGGGAAUGGAGCAUUCAAACGACCCAUCCGCCAUCAUGGCUCCAUUCUACCAGUGGAUGGAAACCGACCACUUUGUGCUUCCUGAUGAUGAUCGGAAAGGCAUUCAGAAGCUUUAUGGGCCAGGAUCUGGAGGACACCCUCGACCCCCUGUCUCCCCUGAGACGCCCCAUCACACUCCAUACCCCACACCAUACAGGCCAGGAGGACCCUCCUAUGGUCCCAACAUCUGCGAGGGUCAUUUUGACACCAUUGGCAUUUUCAGAGGAGAAAUGUUUGUGUUUAAGGGUAAGUGGUUCUGGCGUGUUCGUAAUAAUCAAGUUAUGGAAAACUACCCCAUGCCAAUUGGACACUUCUGGAGAGGUCUGCCUACUGACAUUAAUGCUGCAUAUGAAAGAGAAGAUGGCAAAUUUGUCUUCUUCAAAGGGGACAGGCAUUGGGUGUUCACUGAGUCCAACUUAGAGCCAGGAUACCCGAAGGUUUUAGGAGAACUGGGAACUGGUGUACCAAAGGACAAACUGGAUGCAGCUCUUCUCUACACGCCUACAGGCUACACUUACUUCUUCAGAGGAAACAAAUAUUAUCGUUACAAUGAAGACACGCACUCAGUGGAUCCAGAUUAUCCCAAACCCAUUAGUAAAUGGCAAGGCGUUCCAGACAACAUAAAGGCUGCAUUCAUGAGUCGAGAUCAAGGUUAUACCUACUUCUACAAAGCCAACAAGUACUGGAAGUUUAACAACCAGUUAUUGAAAGUGGAGCCUGGAUACCCCAAAUCAGCACUUAAGGAUUGGAUGGGCUGCCCUAACGAAGACUCCAAUACAGGUGGUGGAGGAAGUGACCGAGACCGGGAACGUGAGAGAGAACGUGAGCGUGAAAGGGAGCGAGAGAGGGAGCGCGCACGAGAGCGUGAACGUGAACAAGACCGCACAAAUGAGGUGGACAAAACUGAGGAAGAGGGCAAAAAGGAGGAGACAGAAGUGCUCAUAAUCGAGGUUGAAGAUGCACCCAGCAGCAGAGGAGGAGCGGCUGCCGUGGUGGUGCCACUCAUGCUGUUGGUCUGUGUCAUUUUUACACUCGGCGCACUUCUCUUCUUCCGCAGGUACGGCACACCGAGACGCUUGCUCUACUGCCAACGCUCCCUACUGGACAAGGUUUAAAUGUUUAAGAAGGGAUCACGGGAAAAAAAGGGAAGGGGUGGAGAGAAUUGAGAAUACAGAGGACGGGGACUUAUUAGCGAAGCAACACCAAGGAGCGAAACUCAAGGUUUUCACCCAAAAGGAAGACCUUUUUUUUUGUUUACUUUCGAAAUGAUGCCACUCAGAAUCUCAGCAUUUGAAUAUUGCCUAAUUAGUGGUCUUGAAUGUUUUGCUUUCACACCUGUGCCGAGCUCUUCCUGCACGCUGUACAAAGGCAUACGGUACUUUCCCCCCCGCCAGCGUCUCUAUCACUUCAUCUCUCCCCUCUUCUUCUCUCAGCAUCUUUCCCUUCUGGUGUAGCCAAUGACGCCAGCUCAUCGCUGUUUGUUUAACCUCUUGUAAAUGUCAUUUUAAGGUUGUGAAUGUUUUUGUAUGUCCGACUUAUUGUGAACUCUUACCCUCUGUCAAAACAGAAGCCAGAUCAGAAGACUUUGUAUUUACUCAGGUUGCAGCUGAAGCACAUUUCCAGCAGCCUCAUGCAACCUUAAAGUGCCCAUAUUAUGCUAUUUCAAGGUCUACAACAAUAGUUGAAUAUGCCCGUGACACUAAAACGCGUUCAUAUUUCUAUUAUUGGUCAAAAAUGGAUUUACUAUGUCUGAAUUUAAGAUCAGUGAGUGUAAAUGGUGUCAGUUCAACCAUAUCAAUUCAAACCAGAGUCCAACCAUGAAAAUUCAAUGGAACUAGUUGAUCAGCCCAAGCCACCAUCACAACUAUAAUUUGAGUUUAGAAAUUGCUAAUACUCGACAUAUUGUCGAUUACACAAACCAGCUACAGUGUUUAAGGGACCAGUAGACAUUUGUGGACAUCCAAUGAAGACCAUAGGUUGGCAUUAUAACUAGCAUUUCAAAAUCAGGGUUUCUGCGGCUUUCAUUAAGUCAAAUUUAAGACUUAAGACCUUUUUAAGAUCAGUAUGAAUAAAUUUUUAGACCUAAAUAUUUAAGAUUAAAUGGUAAGGAUUUUUUUUUUAAUGGUCUGGUUGGAUCAAUGGAAAGGAUAAGAAAUAACUAAAUUAGAUUUUUUUUAAUCCACAUAUUUAAAAUAAUGUGUAAAUAAACAUGCAUUGUUUUCAACAAAAUAUUUUUUAAAUCAAUAUAGUUAAACCAUAUUGGCCUUAUUAGGUAGACAUACAAGGUAAUAAAGGUAUAAAAGGAAAACUAAGAUCUGUUUAAAAUUAUUUAAUAUAUACAAAAUUUAAAUGAAUUUAAUACCUAAAAUUAAUUUUUUUUUGAGACAUUAUAAGACUUUGAGACCCCACAGACACCCUGAAAAUGGACGUCAUGCACUUUGAAUUUUAAAAUGACGCAUUACUUUGUAGAAAAGGUGUAAUAGGGGCACUUAAAUCACACACCAAACAUACAAAAAAAUUGCAGUGAUGGAAAAUCUUAAACCAUUAAAGCUUGCGUUUAAAAAUAUUCUUCCAUGAUGCAAGAACCUUAAGAGGUGGUCAAAAGGUGUUGCAUCACCAUGGUAUUCUCUUUAGUUCAAUAUAAAUGCAUGAAAAAUGCAUGAACAUAAUCACUUCAUACCAUGGUAUUGCCAUCUCUGAACCUUGGUGCUGCCACUUGCGCAGUUACCAAAUGCACAAGAUGUCAUAAAAAAUGGUUUGCAUUUGUUCAUGAAUAGUUAAUUUUCACAGGGUCCAUUCUCACCCCAUGCAGCUCCCAUCUCAGGUUAAAGAACAAAGUCAUGUGCCAAGAUAAUUGAUGAUUCUCCACUAACAAUGCCUGCAAAGCUGUGCUGUGUUUCUGCCUGUGUGUGUGUGUGUGUCCUUCAGUAGUAUGGCUUUAUAUUGUACUGUAUUUUAAAUAAUUACUAUUAUUGAUAAUGAUGAUGCCAUUAUCAUUAUGAUUAUUACUAUUGUUAUUGUUCUCCGUGUCAAGAAUGUGUUUUUUAUUGAAUUGUCAUUAAAAAUGUCCUGCUGGACAGGCAAUAAUGUAUGUCUUAUGAAGUGGCCUUAAUUUAGGAGAAACUGAACGAAUGGGUGGGUUUGUAUUUUUGAAAUGAAAUAAAUCUUAAAAUAUG